AUGGGGGCUAGAUGGAUGAUUGGAAAUGAGAGAAAAGUGGAUAUCUUGAAAGAUAAUUGGUUGUCUUCGGUGUCAGGUUUUAAAGUUAUGGGACCAGUUAGAGGCAUUGAGCAAGGAGCUAUUGUCAGUGAUCUAAUUGAUAGUGAUCUUCGUUGUUGGAAUCAAGAACUCAUUUCUGAUUGUUUAGGUCCUGUGACCUGUUCUCAUAUUUGCAGCAUACCUCUAUCAUGGAGCAACUUAGAGGAUUCAAUCAUUUGGCAUUUUGAAAAAGAUGGCAUGUUCUCUGUGAAGUCAACAUACCACUUACUGCGUAAAAACGUGAUGCUUUUAUCCCAGGGCCCUCUAGUCAUUCCCGGGAAAAGUUAUGGAAGAUAA